AUGGGUGACUCACAAGAAUUGGCGUAUGGAAGGCCGGGUAGGCGUCUUACAGCAGAUCAAGAGUUCGCGAAUGAAAUGAUGAACUUUCUGAGGGCAGCUUUUCAUCAACUAUUGUACCAAUACGGCUGCUAUCCGUCGAGCUCGUUUAUUGAGAAGAAUUUUGAACAAUUGCCAGUCAAGAGAUGUACCUCCAAGGAUGUAGUCGAAUAUUGCGAGGCGCAAGUCGAACUCGCUCGCAACUUGCUCAAACGGAGAAAGCUGGAAGGCGUGAUGAUUAGGUUCAUGGACAAGUAUGAGACGCCAAUCCUCGAGUACGACUUCGAGCUCCGCAACCAGGUCAUGCACAAAUUAGACACGUCUUGGGCUCCGAUGGGCUAUCGGGAUUAUCUGCGACAUCACUAUCGGGAAGCCCUCGGUCAAAUCUGUUCUCUUUCAUUGCCGCCGGCACUUUUGAAGAAGCUAAAAGCGGAAGAGCACCGGGCUGAAUUUCAUCUGUUUUUGAACCCCGAAGUGCGAAACGUCGCCUUAUAUGAUAGCCGGGCAGUUGUCGUGGAGCUCGCCAAUUUCAUGAUCCGCCCAAAGUGCCUGGAGAAUGAUCAACAGAUCGGCACUCACGAUUACACGGCAGCAUUCCAAGCGCGCUACACAAGGAACUUC